AUGGCUAGCAAAACUCGCCGAGCUGCUGCCAUGGUGAAAGCCGAAAAAAUGAAAAAAGAUGAAGAAAAAGGAAAAGAAGAAGAAGUUCAAGAUGAAGAUGACGAUGGACCACCUCCAUUAGAAAGAGAAGCAAGUUGUGGAGAGAAUGAUGAUACUGAUGGAGAUGCUAAAGAAGAAGAUGAAUCAGAGGAAACUUCUCCUAAUGGAAUUCACGAUGCAGAUGAUGAUAUCGAAAUUUUGGAAAAUAAAAAUGAACCGAAAUUAACUCUGAAUUUGCUAGAAGCGCUGUCGACUGUCUUCUCAGCUGAUCCAGAAACAUCUCCAGCCAAUAAGAAACGUCGCAUCAGUCCGACAUCUGAAAAUUCGGUGAAAACUUUGCCUGGUUCUGGAAUGAAAAUGACACCAAUUCCCAAAUCUCUUCUUCUUCGCCCUUCGUCCAUGUCAUCAACACUAUCGACGCCUUCAACACGUUUCACUCCUCUUCGUCAACUGCCUUCUGUUGCAGGAACUUCUUCUGCUGGACCUUCUGGAAAUAGGAAAUAUGGAUUACCACCACCGAUUCCACAAUCCCUACGCAAUAUGGCUAAUGCUGUUGCUCCUGCAGUUGGAGUUGGAUCGAAUACAUCAUUGGGACCAGCAAGACUUUUAGAAAACAGAAAGAGAACGUUUGAUCUGGCAAAACGGGCAUCAGCUUUGGUUGCGUACAAUGGUGGAAGAGCUGGAGAGAAGUUCAUAAAGAUAGCCCCGUCUACAGGAUCAUCAUCUUCUUCUGGUACAUCGACGUCUUCAUCGACAGCCGCAAUUGAUUUGCAAUCAAUGCUUCGAGAUCAAUCUCCAGUUCGAAUGCAAGUUUCAGUAGGAGGAGAGUAUGAACAAUCAAAUGGGGAUACUCUUCAAGAAGCAUUGGAAAUGUCAGUUAUUCAGAAAGAAAGUAUUGCAAAUGUUGCAAGAUCGUCAACUAAUCACUCUCUACUUCUUGGUUCCAUGGUUUUAAACGGUUUAAAUACUCUCCAAUCCAGAAGUUCAGAUGAGUACAACAACUUUGCCGGAGAACUUUUUUCUCUAAUCACAAAAUAUAACAUCAAUUAA